AUGUCCGUCGUACUAUAUCACUUCGCCGACCGGCGACACUCCUACUCCUCCAUUAACCUCCACACACAACACACACACCCACACACCCGCACACCCACAAGAACGAGGUCAACCAACAACGCUCACGAUUCCGCUCCAAACCACAGCGAUCUCGCAAACAACUCCAACGCACAGUCGUCCCCGAUCCUCACAAUGGAUCGCUCGGGAACAUCAACCUCCAAUGGGAAUGGCAAUGGCGCAGGCUCGAACGGGACGCAGAACCCUUCGACUCCCCCGCCACCUCAAGGCGACAAACAAGGCAGCCCAUCGACCGGCGGCACCAAUGGCAACACGCCAAAUCAUGGUGCCAUGGGAAAGGAUGGAAAGACGGUGAAGUGGUGGUGA